GCCGCUCCAGGGCUCCAAGCCGACUCGUAGUAGUAAUCCUAUCUCUAUAAGACGUAGCACAAAGACGAAACAUUACCCCGGGUAGUCGUCCGCGCCCCAUUUUGCGUCCUCCCGGAAACUGACUUCUCUUUUUUUUAUUUCUUUUUUUGUUUUAUCUUUGAAUGGAGUGACACGGAACACGUUGCAUUGUUCGACGGGAAACAACUCAUUUCCCCCCCCCCCCCACCACCACCACCAAGAAGUGUGUUCAAACUUCUCGCGUUUACUUUAUAAUCACUGGAGUGUCAAAGCGACUGGAAAAAAAAAUUACUUCGAUGGUAGCUCUUGCCUUCAGAGAGCGGUGACUCGGUGGUGAGGGUGAUGGCGUAAUGAUCCGAAUCUUAACAUAAAAAAAAGAAGAGAGAAAAGAUAAAAUAUAUAUAAUAAAUCAAAAAGAAUAUAAUAUAUUAUAUAUAUCAAAGAGGAAGGUCUCUGUUCUUGCAUCAUGUGCGGUGGCAAGUGUUAAAAAAGUUCCUUGCCUAGAAGUGGUCGGGAGUAGUUUAGAAGCCCCUUGACAAGUGAACCACCCUCUCUCUCUCUCUCUCUCUCUCUCCUCCCUCCUCUUCUCCUCACCCGCGUGUGCUUCUCCUCCUCCUCCUCUUAUUCCUGCUCCUCCCUCUUCUUCUUCUCCUCUUCCUCCCCCUUCGUCAUCUUCAAGAACAUCCACCAUGGGCAAGAAGAACUCCAAGCUCAAACAGGAAACCAUUCAGAAGCUCUGCGACGAGACUUACUUUACCGACAAAGAGAUCAAACAGUGGCACAAAGGCUUUCUCAAAGAUUGUCCCAAUGGCCUCCUAACAGAACAGGGCUUCAUUAAGAUAUACAAACAGUUCUUCCCUCAAGGCGACCCCACCAAGUUCGCCUCGCUAGUAUUCCGAGUGUUCGAUGAAAACAACGAUGGUUCUAUUGAAUUUGAGGAGUUCAUUCGGGCUCUGUCUAUAACAUCAAGAGGGAACGUCGACGAAAAGUUACUAUGGGCGUUCAAGUUAUAUGACGUGGACAACGAUGGUUACAUAACACGUGACGAGAUGUACAGUAUAGUGGACGCUAUAUACCAAAUGGUGGGACAGGCACCCGAGGCCGAAGACGAGAACACGCCCGAGAAGAGAGUGGAUAAAAUCUUCUCCCAAAUGGACAAGAACAACGAUGAAAAGCUCACCCUCGAGGAGUUCAAGGAGGGCUCGAAAGCUGACCCUCGAAUCGUCCAAGCACUGUCUCUUGGCGACAACUAAAUGCUCUCCUCCCCUCCCUCCCCUCCCCCAAGUUCAUCCUACUCGAAUGCGAUGCUCAAGGUCAAGCACCUGAGGCCGACGACGAGAACGCGCCGCAGAAGAGAGUCGACCAAAUCUUCUCCCAAAUGGACAAGAAUCACGACGAGAAGCUCACCCUCGAGGAGUUCAAGGAGGGCUCGAAGGCUGACCCCAGGAUCGUCGAGGCCCUGUCUCUCGGGGACAACUGAAGCCUUCGCGUCCUCAUCUGCUUGAUCUUGAACCCCGGUUCUGUUUCACCUGCAUCCCUUGCAAACUCUUCUUCCUGAUGCUUCAUCCGCGUCGUCUACCUCCUCCUUUACUUGUUCCUCCUCCUCCUCUUUCCUCUUCCUCUUCCUCCUCCUCCUCCUUCUCUUCCUCCUCCUCCAUCGUGACACUCACAAGUCGUCUUUCAACGGCGGACCUUCAGGUGGCGAUCUGCUGAGCGAGAAAAAAAAGGUCCCCCACCAUCGACACUCGUCAACGUCGUCUUCAAAAAAAAAAUGUUCAACAAAGUCCUUUCGAGAAAAUGGAAGCCUUUUAUUUUUGGUCUUCAUUUGUCGUUUCUCUCUUUUUAUAUCAUUCUUCUUCGUUCUCCUUCGUACUGCAUAGCUUGAGCACUUUACCCAUGUAUUGUUAUUACUCUGAACAGCAGUUAAUCAAUACUCAUAGCGAGAUAUGAAGGAAACGUAUAUAUAUAUAUGUAUAUGUAUAAAUAAUACACGUUUGAUAUGUAAUCCUUUCUUUAGGGAAUGUUGGUUAAUGGAUGUGUUGAUCUGUACCUGUAAUCGUAUGUUAUCUGGUUAAUGCAAGGUAAUGUUCCCACGUUCUCACAUUCUCAACAUUUUAAUCACUUUCUGAAUAUUAUUCUGUAUAAAGCAUAGACGCAUUAACCACUUCUUUUUUAUUCUUUUCAUUUAUUUUUUUAACUAUAAUACCAUUACUCAAAUCAUGUAUAUUCCAAUCUCCAUACUCCUUUUGAAUUACUGUGUACUUUCUGCAUGAAUCAAAAACAUAAUCAUUAAUGGUUGUUCAAAGAAAGAAAAUUCGAAAAUGACAUUGAUAUGGCGACAGGUUUGAAGGGUCGAUAACAACCAUUACUUUAAACCAGACGUUUUUCCCCAGCGGUCUCGAAUGUCAAUGGACACUUGUGUAUCUAGCACGUUCACCAAAUAAUCUUUAUCAUAUAUCUUGGGAGACUUCAUUCGAAAAACAAAAAAAUAAUACAUAGAUCUUGAAACCUACCAAUCUUUAAACUAGAUAAGGAAGAUAGACAAAAUGGAUUUUUUAGAGCUAGGUCCGAACUCUUUACUCUUAUGAAAAAAAAAAGAUAAUAAUGUAAAAAAAAAAAAAUGAUAUAUGAGCUGUCGGUGUAAUCGAAUAAUAAUUAGUAUGAUGACGAUAAUUAAUACUAAUAAUGGUGAUGAUGACAUGCACUUCAUCUCAAUCAAGUCUUCAAACUUAAUCCACGGCGAGGUUUCCGACACUCGUCCGGUAGCCAAUCAAAUCAAAGCUUACAUACCGAGAGUGCACCAAUCUGCUCACAGGUUGCGUAUCAGUGCAUAGGAUGGACGGCAUCUGCGUUCAACUGAAAAUAGGAACAGUUCUUGCUCUAAUUCUUAGUGUUAAUGUUCAGAGUUCAGAGCUGGGACCGGCGUUCGUGUAGACAUUAGACUUAUCAUCUGCAGCGGAACAUUCAAAACACUUGCUCAUAACUGCAGGUCAUUAAAGAAGAAAACAAUGAUUAAUAAUAAUAAUAAUUAAUAAUAAUAAUAAUUAAUAAUAAUAAUAAUAUAAUAAUAAUAAUAAGUUUGGCUUUGUUUGUACGCUUAGAAAGGUGCAUGAGAGCAGCAUUUUAUCAUCAAAGAAUUUUUGGACAAUAUACCGUUAUAAUCUUUUUAUCACGGGCGUUACUAUUGAUAAACAUAGACAUUUAUGACCAUUUUUGUCACUACUUUUUUUACGUUAUUGUUCAAAGGGAAGCUGAGCGAAGCCAGAACAAAAUGGCGGCGCAUUUUCGGCUUCCUCGUCUGUUUUCCAACACUACCACUGAUGUUACAAAAUAAAAAAAACAAAAAAACAAAAAAAAAACAAAAAAAAACUUUGUACCAUGUGUUCAACUUAAAAAAAAAACCAAACCCUCUGGCACUCAAGAUAAGGAUUCGAAUUCUGAUACCCCACUUAACGUAAACGACUUAUUAAGUUCACUGGAACAGGCAUAAUCAAACCGCCAGUGAGCUUCUCUGGCCUAUCCCUUGGGCAUUGCAUCUUUUAAAACUGAUCCCUUGGGCAUUGCAUCUUUUAAAUCUGAUCCCUUGGGCAUUGCAUCUUUUAAAACCGAUCCCUUAGAUAUUGCAUCUUUUAAAAGUAAUAGUCAUAAUACAAAGUGGAGAGUGAUAUUACUUACUAAAUAAUGAUAUUGAUAAUGUGUGAUUUCAGAAUACGAGCCAACGUGUCAACCAGUUGCUUGAGUGGUGUUCCGGCGUCGUUAAAAAAGAGAGAAAGAGAG